AUGGAGUUAGCUGAGUCGUCUCCUACGACUGAACAUCGCCGGAAAUGGACGGAGAAGGAGCUUCAGCUUUACAGAGAACAGGAUCGGGUGAAAAAGAAACUGAUCACGCACGAUGACUUCCCAUGGAAGUUACCUUCAUCAACGGAACAUUCUCAAGGAUCAGAGACGCUUAAGUACGUUGGAGGUGUGGACAUAAGCUUCUCCAAGGACGAUUCCUCAGUGGCGUGCGCUUGUCUCGUCGUCCUCGAGCUCCCUUCUCUGCGUGUAGUUCACAAUGAGCUCUCUCUAAUCCGACUCCAAGUUCCUUAUGUUCUUGGGUUUCUCGCCUUUCGUGAGGCUCCGGUUCUGUUGCAGAUUCUUGAGAAGAUGAGGGAUGAUCAUCAUCCUUUCUAUCCUCAGGUUUUGUGCUGUGUGGUGUUGCGUUGUUCUUUAGUCUUUGCUGUUUGCUUUGUUUGUGAAAGCCUCUCUCUCUCUUUGUUCUUUGUAAGGUAGUGAUGGUUGAUGGGAAUGGGAUUCUUCAUCCACGAGGUGAACCUAAACACAAACGUUCUUGCAAAAUGUAGGUUUGGUUUCGAUUUAGAAAUUAGACGGUUAAGUCGGUUCGAUUUUUCGCUAGUAAUUUUUCUGGGGUUAGAUUAUUUGAAAGGCCUAACAUUAGAUUUUUAGUUAGAUACUUGAUAGUUAUUAUAGAGAACAUGACAGGUGUCAACAAAUGCCCUAUGCAAAGAGAUGAGGUGGCUUCAUGAAGAGAGACUAAACCCAACUUUAUUAUAUAAGAUAUAUAUAUUUCUAGAAGUAUUAAUACUAAAACCCGAUUAAACCGGGUGAAACCAUGACUGAAAUGUUUAACGGCUUCAUCAUUUUCCAUGUUUUCAAAAUAUAUUGCCAUAAAAGUUUAAAAGUCUACCCGUGAAACCAGAGAAAAUACAGUAUAUGGAAAAGUGAAGUAAAUGAGAAUUAGGGUUAAUUAAUAUGGAGAUGAAAAACUUGGUGAACAAGUCACUUCAUCUGUAUUAAAUUAUUAAUGUGAGCAAUGAACAUCACCAAUUUAUCAAUUACGGUAAAUUUAUUCAUGUCUUUAAUUCUCAACCAGCCCUCGAAGCUAUGCUUGAGGGCACCAGUGUUGGUAAGAUGCUCUCCUCUUCACUCUAAUAGCCUCUCAUCUGCAUCCUUGCAGCAAACGCAAACCCUUGCUAAAUUCAUCUACUGCACUGAUCCUUGUAGACCACAACUCGUAAGAC